AUAUAUAUAAAAAAAGUUAAAGCGCGAUCUGGUCGUCAUUUCGUUAGGUGGGCGGGAAAGGGGUACAGCGUGGGUUCAUUUUCCAAUCGGGCGGGGAGGAGCGCCUUAGACCCAUUGUAAAUGGCGGCAAAGUUGAUAUUAAAAACAGAUGCGCAUGGAAUAAUAAACAACACGAGAAAUGAGACAGCUGUUUAUUAAUAGAAAAGUCAGCAUUGCUAAUGAGUUUAACUUAAAAUUUACAACUCUUUUAGAAAUUAUUCGUUUUAGAAAUAUCCUGUGGUACAUAAUGUAUGUUAAAAUAUAAAACACAGGCAAAGAAGCUUAUGAAAAGCUAUUUUAUCAUGCACACGUAAAACAUACUUUCGUUGCCAAGCUACCUCUAAAAAGAAAGUAGUUUCAGCUGAAUUUCUUUCACAUGUCGAAUAUGGAAAAACAUGUAAGAGUAUCAGUAAGUGGACAUUCAAAGAAAGGAAAAUUAGUUGGAAAAGAAGAUGUCACAGAAACUGCCAGGGGUAAAAAUCUGAGAAGGAGAUCAGAAGUUUAUGAUGAAGAGCAAAACCCUGUCAAACACGAUACAAAUGCUACGUCUGGAUGUACAGACAAAGAUAGAGAAAUAAAUGACAAUAAAAAUGAUUAUCGAAGUGUGUCUAAAAGUAAAUCAGCAUCUGUGGAGAAUAUUCUUAAUGUUCCAAACAAACCUCCUUCUGUACGAAAAGCUAUAUCAACUGAAUGCUUAAAAUCUGCAACAAAAGUGAAACCCAAGUCUUCCUCUACCACAAAGAAAUCGAAAUCUGCAAUGCAGCCAUCUAACAGAAAAAUUUCCACCCAAACUCCAAAAGGAUCGAUCAGGAAAACGGGCUCUACAGAUACUCUUUUAACUGUUUCUGCUAUAAGAAAAAAAUCUUCAAACUUAGACAGACGGAAAUCAAAAUCUGAACUGAAAGUAUCAUCUAAUGAUAUGAAAAGGGUAACCCAAGCUGAAAAGUCAAGACAGGUAACCAGAUCUUCAGAAAAAAUAUUUCAUAGCGGUUACUCUAAUGUCAGCAGAAAUCAAAAUUUACAAAAGGAAGAAGCUGAUACAAAAGUAAAGGGAAUAAUAAAGAAACUCUCAGAUAACCAGAAAAAAACACAACAAAAAGUAUUUACUGGUUGGAUUAACUUUCAUCUUUCUAAGCUUGACCCACCACUACACGUGGGGAAACUGUUUGAAGAUUUACGUGAUGGCAUUAAACUUGUGAAGCUUAUUGAAGUUCUCACUGGUCAAAAACAGUUAUUGGAGAAGGGUAAGAAGCGAAUUCACCAGUUGAAUAACAUUAACACCGUUGUUAAAUACCUUCGCUUGCGAAAAGUCAAACUUGUCAACAUACAUGCAGAUGCAAUUGUAGAUGGCAAUCCAACUAUUACUCUGGCUCUUCUUUGGGCUUUAAUAAACCAUUUUCAGGAGGUAGAUGGAGCUGUAAGAGAAGAAAUUCAGAAUGAACCUAUUCAGCAAAACGUAACACAAAAAAAGGGAAUUAAAAAGAAGAAAGAUUUAAAGCAAAAAUUGAUGCAAAAUUGUGAGGAAAUCUUUAGGAGCAACACAUUAAUCAGCCAUGAUGAUUUUAAAGAUUUCGGCAGAAGUUGGCAAAAUGGAAAACUAUUAAGUUUUCUUGUUUCUCAUUAUAGACCAGAACUGUUAAGUCAUUAUGAUGCAGCAUCUGACGAAGAACCUGCAGUAAAAAUAUCAAAUGUUUUGACUAUAGCAGAAGGUGUCCUCGGUGUGCCCAAUUUUGUAUCAGUAGAUGACUUUUUGGCAUCAACACCUGAUGAAAAGUCUAUUAUGACCUACAUAUCCUUACUUUUACCAUCAUUGCAACAGAACAACCAUUUAAAUUUACUUUCAUCAGACAGUACUUCAACGGAUGAUUCACUUGAUGAUGGUUAUUGGAAAGAAAAAAACACACAGUUGUCAAGUAACAAAUGGGUUUGGACUCCUGAAAGCAUCCAUAUUUGGUUAUCACCAACUGGAAGUAUUCUCAAUAAACAUAUUGAAAACAUUUGCAGUUACAUGAAUGGUCAUUCCGAUGUAGAUAGACAGGCCAUAAUUUUGGAUUAUGUUUUACUACAAGACAUCAUGACAGACCAGGGACAGUUGAUUGAGUCUUUACAUGGGGCUUCCAAACAUGCAAUAUUAACGUCACAGUGGAAAAAUGCAAAGCAAAAGAUAUUGUAUUUAAGUGAGAUUUUGCAAGAUGCAGGACUCAAAUGCUCGGUUGAUUCUGAUCUGAAGAGUCUGCUUAAGUGGAUUGUUGAAUGUGAAAUGUUCUUGUUAUCAAUCUGUUACAAAAACAACUUUAAAAACCAAAUGAUGUCAAUCAAGUCAUUUCUGGGAACAUUGCCGUCAAUGUUAGAUGCAACAAAAGCACAUGCAAAAAACUCUUCCUCAGAAAAUAUCAAAGAAAAGCUUCAAUAUGUUACUUCUGCACUGGAAAACCUGGAAACAGAGCUGAGCUCAGCCUUUUCAAAGUUGCUAUUCUUGCAUUACAAUGAGAGAGUUGAUCAUCUCUUGCAGACAGCAAAUCGCAAAAUUGAAAAUUGUCAGUUCAAAUUUUCGUCAGAGAAUGAAAUUGAGUUUUCUAUACAGAAAUUGGAGAAAUGGUUUAUUAAAAAGAAGUUUCUAGAACGGUUUGAUGCACGCUUCUUAAGAUUAGAAAGAGCAUUAACAUCGCUAAAAAAAAUUAAGACAGUAAGCGACAUGUGUGAAUAUGAAAAUGUUUUACAAGAACUCAAGCCAGCUGCAGUUGCAUGUAUGGAGAAGCUAAACAACCAUUUAAAUGAUUUGAAAGAUUCAGUGAUAUUGUUGACACAAUUUAAAUCCAUCACUGAUAAUGUAACAGGUUGGUUGAAUAUUGCUGAAUUCAAACUUGGCAAAGAAACUUGCUCCCAGAGUUUUCUUGAUGAUCUUACUAAAAACGAAAGUUAUUUGGAAGAGUUGGAAAGACUUAUCAAUAAACUAUGCAAAAUUCUGUGUAAGCCUAAGGUAGUUGAAAACAAAUGGAUUCUUGCUUCAUUAAGAACACGCUUUGAGUUUCUAUCUAAUUAUGUGAAGGAGCUGGAGGAGGAAGAGAAUGAUAUGCUAUUUGAUAGUCACUUGGACAGAAUUAUUAAUUCUGGAUAUAUAUGUGUUGAUGAAGCAAAGCGUAUUUACUCUAUGAAAAGAAAUGCUUUAAAUUAUGAUGAAAUGGAGGCUGGAUCCCUAAAGAUUGAGGAAACAUACAGAUAUCUGCUCGACGUUCAACAUCAUAUUCAGCUUUUGGAAGGUGCCUUACACUCUUCAAACACUAACAACAUGCAAGGUUAUGCAGAGAAGUUGUCUAUGCUUGUUAGUGAUAUAAACGAACAAAUUUGCAUCUACCAACCUGUAGUGAAAGAUUGCAAAAAACUGUUGACUGAUUGGAAAAAGAUGGACCAGAUUGUAGAACCAGAAAAAGUUUGGGUUUUGAGAAACAAAGAUUUAAUGAAAGAAUAUUUGUCAGACUUUGACUCUACCGUAGAAUUUAUGCUAUCUGCCGAAAAACUGGAAGAUCUUCACAGCACCUUGCAAAAACAUGAUUCAAAGAUAAGAGAUAUUGAGGAUAUUGUUAACAAAAUCGUCAGCAAUGAUAUCUUGUUUUUUAACAAAGAAAUAAUGUACAGCACAGUUAAAAACUUAAGACAAUUAUUUGAUGAUUUAGAGCAAGAUGUCAACAAUUGUUUAGUGUAUAUUAAAGAAAAUAAAGAAACUUUAGACUUGUUUAACAACGCUUUAAAUGUACUGAAUGAAGCAUUUUUGGAUACAAACCAGCCAUCAUGGAAUUCCACCACCAACAACAAUUUCUCCAAUUUAUUAGAAUCUGUAUUUGAAUUGUCUGGAAAAGUUCUAGCAUCUUUCCAUCCUUCCCUGUAUUAUGACAAACUAGAGAUAGUUGUUAACAGAGAGAUCAAUCAAAUUAAUGUGAAAAAAGAUGAGCUCAUCACACGUACUAAAAGUGUUAUAGAAACAUUGGCUUCACAACUCGAACACAACAUAGAGUACAUCCACAGAGAUGUUGCGAGUAUUGCAGAAAGUAUUUACAAAAAAAAUUGUAGUCCACAUGACUUAAUGGAAAAACUUUAUAAUCUUCAAACCUCAAUGUUAUUCAAAUAUGGUGUUCGAAUUUGUCAUCAACUGGAGGAUGCUGGGAAUGCUUUGGAGUCUCUCGGAGCUUUAUCUCCUGAACUUGAAAAUAAGAUCAGCAAUCUCUGUAAUGCGAAAUGGCCAGAUCUUGAAACAGAAAUAGCAUAUUUUGAGGAACAAAUUCAACCAGACCUGACAAAGGAGAAUGAAACUUAUGAGGGACUGGAGCCUAUAGUUGAGUGGUUGGAUAUGGCUGAAGAUAUUUUGACUUCCAUGAACCGUGCAGAAAGUUAUGACUUGUUCCAUGAAGCACAUGAUUGUUUUAAGGAGAUAAUGGUUGAAAAGGCUCAACACAGUGACACCAUACCACAUCUGGAACAAUGUUAUAAAGAAUUGACUCAAAAUUGGAACAUUUCAGAACUUAAAGCUGACUUAGAAAGCACUAAAUUACGAUUCCAUAAUGCAAACGAAAACAUUGAUGUAUUGUUGAAGAAUUUAACAUCUAUUGAUGAAUGCUUCAAGUAUUUAUCACAUGUUUUAGAAACAAUAGCAUGGGUGAAAGAGAUGCUUGUUUUGUGUGACAUUGAAGUCGAGGUUGAGACUGAAGAUGAUGUCCAAAUUCAGAUUGAUAAAUUAGAGACUUUAUCAAUCCAAAUCACAAAUCAUGCACCUAAUGUUACAGACACAAUCAAAACAGGCAAGUUGCUUUUAGCAAAAACAUCUACACCACCUAAAUUAUUUGAAGAGAGUGUGAUGAAACUAAUAGAGCUAUGGACUCGACUAGAAAAUAAGAUCACAGAGAAACGUCAGGACUAUGAAACGUGCAAGGAGCAGAUGUUGUGUUUCUCGUUUGAACUUCAAGGUAUGAUAGGUAAACUAGCAGAAAGUGAAGUAGAGUUUUUAAAUUCAAAGUCGAAAGUACUUUUUGGUGAAGAGUCUAUUGAAGAUGAAAUUGAAAAACACAAGAAAUUAAUUUCUAAACUUGAAAUUGAUGCUGAUCAAAUUGAAGAUAUGUUUCUUCUUGGUGAAGAUUUGCAGGAAAAAUUAAGCUCUUCUGGUUCAUUAAAUGUAUCAUCAAAACUGGAGAGCAUUGAUGUAUUAAAAAGAUCACUAUCUGAGGAUUUAAACCAUCAAUUAAUCGAACUUAAUGGCAGUCUGCAACGAUGGAAUAAAUUUACAAAGGCACAAGAAGAGUUUGAGACAUGGAUUUCAAAUGUGGAAGCACGCUUGGAUGAAACCUCUUCUGCUGAUAUACAACUUGACACGCCCCUUAAGUUGCAGAACAUAACAAAUGAAGUGGUUACUCAACAUAGUGAACUUGAAACAAUAAACAGUAUUUGCAAUGAGUUGACUGAUAGUCGACAUGAAAAACGUGCAAUGGAUUUAAAAAACCAGGUGUGUAAAUUAAACGAGCGUUGGGAUAAACUUUACCAACGCAGUAAAUUAAAAGAAAAAACAUCUCAAACAAUGUUGUCUAUGUGGUACAGUUAUAAAGAUAAAUUAAAAGCAACCCACCUGUGGUAUGAUGAAGUAGAUAACAAGUUAAAUGUGAAAAAAUGCGAGAACAGUAAUGGAUUAAAUGAAAGGAUUAAAACUUUUGAGACUAUGGCUGCAGAUUGUGCUCAAAAGAAAGCUAAUUUAGAAGAUCUAAUAUGGAAGGGUUCCCAGCUGCCCCUAAAAUUUAAGUUUGCUUCUCGUACAGAAAUAAAAAACGAAUUAAAAGAUAUUGACAACAAAUCCAAAAGCGUCACAGAAAGUGUUUCCUUCCUUUGUAAAGAACAUAAGUCUGUCUUGAGUAAUUUUGUCGACAUAAAUUUGAAGUGUGAUAAUCUGAAUGCUUGGUUUGAAAGUUGUCAAGGUGUCUUGGUUGAUUUCAAAGACCAUUAUUUUGAAAAAGAUCUUGGUGCGUUAAGCAAACUAGAACAAGAGGUGAAGACAUGUAUAUCUGAUUGUUCAUCAAAAAGAGACCUUCUUAUGUCGUUGCAGUCUAAUGCACUAAACUUUGAAAUCAAAUCCAAAAGCAUCUUUCACUUGCCCAAUUCAUUUGGAAAAAAAAUUGAAGGAAUGAAAGUAAAGUUAACCACACUGGAGAAUGAGUUUCCACAAAUGUUACACCAAAUAAGUGUUGAUAUUAAACAUUGGAAAGAGUUUAUUGACAAAUUGGAAAGGAUGGAGGAGUAUUUAAGAGAUAGAGAUACAAUAUCACAUCUACCCAAGGCUAUAACAACUGAAGAAAUUUCUAAACAGUUGAAACUUGUGGAGGAACUGCAAGUAGAUUUAGACGCACAUUAUUUCCAGUUUGAAGAUGUUGUGAGAACAAGUGGUAAUCGUCUUGGUUCUACUUAUGACAACACAGAACUGACGAGAAAGCUUACUUUUAUUACAGAUACUUGGUAUAAACUUACAAAGCUUGCAUCAGAACAAUAUCAACUGCUUGCCUUAUCACAACACUACACUCAAUCAUCAGAAGAAAUUGUGAAAUACUUGGAGACUAUUGAGCAAAAAUUAGAAGGAGAUAUUCCACAAUCUGUUCAGAACAAAAUGAAAGAACAAAAUAAAAAGGCGAAGGUUCUUCUUAAACAUCUCCAAGAAAAAGUUCAAUCUCUCACUUCACCUGAUGCUGCAUGUGUGCCUACUACAUCAAACGAAGAAGAUGAAAUUCAUGAAAACGUUCCAUUUGAAGAUAAAAUUUCUCAGUUGAACAAAGAGUGGAAUAACGUUAUGGCUGAUAUUCAGAUUAGUCGAGCAAAGAAUGAAGAGAUCGCUAAGAAGUGGUGGGAUUUUUCAAGGUCAAAGAAACGGAUUGUUCGUUGGAUGAAGAAAAAAGAGGAAGACGCACAAAAGAAUAAUUCUGAUGCAAGCUUUGAAGAGGUUAUGGAAAAUGUAAACAAGUACAAAGAACUACUUGAAAGAAUUGAAAUACACAAACAAGACAUAGAGACUUUAAUUCAGAGUGCAGAUGAUCUUCUUGAGGAUGAAGACAAAGAAGAGGGUUUUCUGAAAGAUGUAACAAAAAGAUUUGAAAAUCUUGAACUUCUAGUGAAUGAGCGCCACGCAUACUACUCUUCCUUGAUCAAUAAAUGGAAGAAGUUUAUUGAUCGAAAAAAGAAACUGAAGGAUGUUAUGAAAGCAUCAAAAGUAUUGUCAAGUUUUAACCAUUUCGCAUCACUUAAAGACAUUAAAGAUGCGACAAAAGAGUGCGAGGCUAUCGUGGAACAACUUAAUGAUCUACAAGCUAUAAUAACUGAUAAAGAUGACUUCGAAGAGUCUAAGGAGUUUAAAACAAAUGUUUCGAAUCAAAUAAUGAUUGUCAAAGAAGCUGGCAGUGCUUUAAAUAUUGUAGCGGACAAGAUGAAUUCGGUAAAAGAAUCUCAUACCGAAUGUCAGCAAUGGAUGAAUGAUAUCAAAGGGUUACAUAAUGAAAACAUAACUAACAAACAAAGGGAAUGUAUUCAAAAAGAAUUCAAUACCAAAAUAAAGUUGCUGGAAGAUUGCAAUGAUGUGGCAAAGGAAGUGUUUAGCACUCAUGGAAAUGUCAUAUCAAACGAUAUCUUAGCAAAACCAUUACAACAAAUGCAAAAUGAUUUAAAAGAAAUUGGAGAAACGUUUAAAAUUCCAAUUAAAAAAAUUGAAAUUAUUGACUGCAGUUCUGCCAGUAUGGAGAAUCAAUCUCCUUUGACUUUUAUGGAUUCGUUAAAAAGAUUACUGGAAGAAAAUCAGAAAUUUGGAAAACCGCUUGAUCAUAAGAGUCAGGAAAUAAAUGAAAUGGCCGGUCCUGGUUUGAAUAGUGAUGAUAAUCAGAAUGAAAUCAUUCCUAUCAUUCAAGUUGAGUGCUAUGAUCAACCAGACACAAUACUUAAUGAAGAAGGUACACUUAACGAUAUAAACACUCAAAUAGAUGAAUUAUGUUAUCAUCAGGAGGAUACUGUUGCAGAAAGUACAAUGAAAUUGUCAAAAUUGAAGGAAAUUGAUAAGAAACUAGGACACAUACAGGUUGAGAAAGUAGCAGAUUUAGAUCCAAACGUACAAGUUAAUAAUCUCUUGGAGAAGUUAAAUGAUUCUAUACAAACGCAGGAAGCUUUUGUUGCUUGUGUUGAAAGUUUUGAUGAAGCUAAAGAGGAAUGGAUGGAGUGGUUCCUAUUGGCUAAAAACGAAUUAACUAAAUGCAAACAAACAUCUGAAACUGUUGAGAACAUGAGUGACCGUUUAGAAUCCACACAGGGUUUGUUGGAUGACAUGGAAAGCAACGACAAUUUAAUCAGUAAAGUGUAUGAAAGAGGCGAGGAAUUGUUACAAGGAGUGCAGGGCCAGUUCAAGCUUGAUAUUGAAAAUGUGUUAUGUACUUAUGAGCAAGAGUGGGCCGCCUUUUGUACUGAAGUUGAAGAUACACGCAGUUUAAUUGAUGGUAAUGUAAGUAAAUGGAUAGAGUUCAAUCAGAGUUAUUGUAGUCUAAAGAGCAUUCUGGUGGAUAUGCAAAAUAUUUUGGAGCAGGAUGAUCAGGAUAAAAUUGACCAUGAAAACAUUGAAAACGCAAUCGCCCGUUGUCAGGCAAUGUGUCAUAGCGUAAAGAAUAAAGAUGCUCGCAUUAUCCAGCUGAAUGUAUUAAGAGAAGAAUUGAUUACCUUUACCAGUCCAGAGGCUACUUUACAUUCAUCAUAUGAAUUUAUAAAAACAUUUUAUGAAAACUUGCUAUCAAAACUUGCACUAAAAGACAAAGAUUUGCACUAUGUGAAAGAAGAGAUUGCUUCAUUAGAUCAGAAAUUGGAUAGUUAUGUCAUGGCAAUGGGGCAAGAAAAUGAUGUACUUGAUGAAUGCUUAUGUGCACCUCAAUCAUAUGAUACUGAUGUUGUUGAUGGUUUCUUGCACAAAAUUAAGGUUAGCAGCGACAAUAUGCAAGGACUGUUGGUAAAUAUAUCAGAAUUGGAAGAUAACCUUGUAAAUUUGUACAGCUAUCUGAGUGAGGCUUCAAAAUAUCAGGUUAUAUCCAAAGUGAAUACAGUGAAGGAAAAGUGCGAGUAUAUUUUUCAAAGUUUAUCAAACGAAUCUACAAAGAAUAGAGAAUUACAUAAAGCACUUUCAUUGUUUGAAGCUUGCAAAAAAGAAUGUGAGGGUGUUUUGAAAUUGAUUGAAAUUGAUAAAGUAAACAAUGAGGACCAACUUGGAGAUCUCCUUGAUAUACUUGAGGAAAAAGAUAAAGAAUUGGAGUUGAUAUCAUCUAACUUUCUAAAUGCUGAUGAAUUAGCAAGCAUUAAUCCAGAAGUAAAAAUGAACUUGCUUGCUCAGCAUAAAGAACACAAAGAGGGAUGUAGAAAGGUUAUUAACAGUAAAAAAAUGGAAGUCAAUAAAAGAAUAGUUACAAAUGCUGACAUUACAGAGAAUUUACAAGGCUCACAGAAUUGGCUGACUGAAUUUUUAAAUAUGGUAAAAUCUCCUGAUAUUUAUGAGAAUUGCAAGACGUUAGAUGAAUUGUGUGAAGUUUACCAGCAUUUAAAAACAGAGUUUGGUGAAAAGGUAACAUCAAUCGAUACACUUUUGCAGGAAGCUCAAUACACUGAAAUUGGAAUUUGUGUAAAGAAGUUAAAGGAUGAAAUUUAUGUUCUGCUUAGUGAAAGAAUACAAACUGUCAAUUUCCAGAAAGAGAAUCUACAACUGAUAGAAGAAGACAUGAACUUGUUUUCUGUUCUGCUAAAAAAAGCAGCAGACAUGCUUCAUGUACCUGUUAACAUUCCAUUAAAUUCAAAAAUAGAUGAUAUUAAUUCUCUUCUGCAAGAAUUGUUUUUAGUGAAAGAGAAGCUUGAAGUACAUUCAAAAAAUUUAUACGACUUCCCACAGGAAGUUAAAGAAAAAACUACAUAUCAAGAAAAUAUUAACAACACAUUAAUGACCUACUCUUCAGUGGUGAACCAAUUGAGUAACCAUAUGAGCACGCUUACUGUAAACAAGGAAAAAUUACAAAAUUUAGAACGUACAGUGAAUGAGCAAAUAGAAUGGAUUGGAAAAGCACAAGACGUUUUUUCAAUUGAUAUGAUGUCGAUAGCUGAUGAAGAUGAGAUGAUUGGACAAAUGAAAGUGAAGGAAAGCUACCAAAAAGAGUUAGAGCAACGUGAAAGCAUUAUAGAAAAUAUUAUGAAACAAAUCAACACCCUCAAAGAUUUCAGUGAGGAAAUUUUUUUAUCAAAGUUGGCUAAUUUAAGACUACUUUGGGGCCAAGUUCGCAAGACUUCAGUGAUGCAAGAUGAACAUUUUGAAAGGGCCAUGGAUGAAGAAGAAAAAUAUUACGAGGAGGUGGAAAAAUUUGUCAACUGGAUGAAUUUAACCAGUGAAUAUUUAUUAUCUGAUCUUUCAAGUCAAACGGAUAUAGAAGAAAUGUAUAAAAAACACCACAGUCUUAUUGACGCAAUUGAGAAAAAGGCCUCAGAUUUUGAUAAUCUUGUUCUUGUUGGAAAAUCCAUUAGUUGCAAUAUGUCAUCACAUGAAAGAAAGAAAUCUUUUGAAAUGCAACUUAACCAAAUUGGAGAAGAGUGGAUGCAACUGGUGAAGCAUGCUGAAGACAAAGAAAUAGUCAUAGCUGAAAAAUGUGGUUUAGCUCCAAAGAAAUUAUCCAUUGUAAAAACAGCUUAUUUUAAUUUGCAAGAUAACAUAGACAGUGCAGUACCACAUAUGUCAAACAAGGAAGAAGAUGUAGCAGUAAUAUUACCUGUAGUAACAACAACAGUAAUGUGCCAGAAGCCAAGCUUUAUUGACAUAUGUAGGGUCAAGUUUAAUGAACAAGAUGCAAUCAUGAAAGGUUUUGCAUCGGUUUCUCUGAAAGACCAAGUGGAUAUAUUAUGCUCUCAAAUAGAAGACUUAGAGGCUUUACAGGCAACAGCAGAUGAUAUUUUAAACAGACAGUGUAACAACAAUGAUGAAAAUACUGUUGCUGAUGUAGCUGAGCUCAAAGAAACAAUUGUAAAUAAACAUGACACAGUCUUACAGAAAAAAGAUGCUCUUUUGUCAACAUUAGUAAAAAAGAAUAAAAUACAAGAGCAAUGUGAACAACACCGCAAUGAAGUUAUAGGUAUAGAAGAAUACGUUUUUGAGAUUGAUAACCCUGACACUGAGCACAUCAUUAAGAUACUUUGUCGUAAUGAAAACACAUUGGAUGAUUUAAAUCAUGCCAUUAUUAAGGUUGCCCAGGAGAAAUCUCUCAUUGAAGAUGAACUUCCACUUGAGGAUUACAAUGAGUUGACAGAGUGUAUUACCGAAAUAGAAACAAUUUACUAUGAACAAAAAAGUAACUUAGAGAAUGUCAAAUUGAUUGUUGCUACUGAAAAACGACUACAAGGAGUUGAAAUUUUAUUAAAAAAUGAAGAACAAGUGGACAAUUUAGAAGAGCAUUUGAAGAUGGUUGAGGAAAAGAUAAACAGUUUGGUAAAAUUACAAGCCGAAUUGGAAUUAUCCCUGACCAGUUUAGAUGAAUUAGAUGAAUCAUUUUAUCCACAUUUAACCAAUUCGAUAAAAGACAGACUGCUGUUAACACUUCCACUUCUUCAACCACGUAUUACUUCUUUGAAAGCCUCUCUGAAAAAGUUUUCUUCUGACUUGUUAUUUGUUAAGGAAUGUGCACAUUCAAUUGAAAAAUAUCUAAUCGAACUGUGCACCACAGAGGAAUAUUUACGUAAAGAAUUUGCAUUGUCAGAUUGUUUACAAACAUCAAAAAUUGUUUUGCGCACAUCAUCCAAUGCCCUAAUAAGUCAUCGUGAUAAGCUUGGUGAGAUAGUUGCGCAUGCAAAACAAAAUAUUGAUCGAUUACCGACCAAAGAGAAGGAAACAUUACAAGGUUGCCUGGAAAGUGGUAUAAAUGAAACACAUAAGUUGGAAGAUUCCAUCAUAGAGAAAGAUAUGAAAAUAACUAAUCUUAUUACAAAACUAAAUGAUGUUUUGCAAAAUGUCAAGGGUAUAAAUAAUUCAGUGCAAGAUAUGAUUUCCAUUUUGCAAGCGAAUAAUAACAAAACAAAACUAAAUGUAGUAGACAUCCAAAAAAGCUUUAAAGAAAGUCGUCAACAAUUAAAGGAAGCAGAAACUAAAUCCAACCACAUAAUUAACACUUUACCCAGCAAUGACAAAGAAAAUCUGGUUACAAUGCUAAAAGAAGGUGCAAAUCUUAUGGAAAAACUUAGCUCUCUUUUAGAAGGUCAAGUAUGUAAAAGUAAAGUGAAUAUGGAAGGUUUGGCUACCUUUACGACGACACUUCAGGAUUGCAUUUAUAAUACCACUGUGCUUAGUAAGGAGAUUAGUAAAAUUUCGACAAAUUUUAUUUCUAAACAAGACAUUGAUGUUAUUAAUGUGGCAACUGAUAAGUUAGGAGAUUUAAAAAAAGUAGCCAAUGCCUUGUCUGAUAUGUUUGACAAGUUUAGCUCUCGGAUGGAUAAUACAGAAUAUGAAAAUCAUAGUGUUGAAUUAACAAAUUUAUUAAAAGGACAUGCAAACCUUCAAGCUAAGUUAAACAAAUUCAGAAUACAAGUUGACAAGGAAACAACAGAAUCCAUACAAAACCCUGAAGACGUCUUUACUACUGUUAUUGAUAAAUUUGUGGAAUUUCUAAAGGCUGCAAAUAAAGACGUUCUUGCAAUACCAAUGAGGAAUUUGAUGCUGGGAGAGCAAGUUAAGGAGGUUAAUAAAGUAUGUGCUAGUAUUGAAGAGAAACGAAAAGUUGUUUUUCCUUAUCUUAGAAACCUACAAGAAAUUACAGAGAAUGAAGUUAUUGAAUUUGAAUUGUUUUGGGAAGCCAAUGAAAAUGAAGUUAUUCAGAAGCAAAAAGAGCUAUGUGAUUUGUAUGUCAGAUAUUGUGACAUUUUACAGAUGAUUAAGGAUUUGCACUCACAGCUUGACAAGUACAAUGAACAAAUCCAAGACGAUGAUUCAGAUGGUGACCAUAACAGUUAUUUGUUUGACAAAGAUGAAAUAUCACAUCUUCAAGAUCUGAUGGAAAUACUUAAGAAGGAACUUCCUGAACUUGAAGCAUCUGAAGUGAUUUAUGCAUAUGAGAGGUUUGAAAAAGCGAGGAACACUAUUUUGAGGAAUCAUCAAACACUGGAACAACAUAAGAACAGUUUAUCUCACCUUGCUAUGAUUUCGGACAAGGUUUGUGAAGCUGAAAAUAUUUACAUUAAGUCUCUAGUAAUUGAAAAUUAUAUUGAUAAAGCAAGUUCAGAUUUUGAGUACGUUAUUUCACAAAUGACCGAAUGUUGUGAGCAAAUGUCAGAUUACUUGAGGCAAGUAUUUCAACUUGAAAGUCAAAAUCCUGGAAUGACAAAUGAAGUGGUAAUGAAGAUAGAGUCAACCAAAAGUUUAAUUUACACUGUACAAGAUAGUCUUGUAGGUCAGUUGAAUUUAUUUAAAAAAGCUUUAAAUUUCGUAGAUGAGAUUUACAAUUUGCAGAAAGAAAUUGAUGUGAGAAUUGAAACAUUUGAAGAUUAUUUACUUAAGUAUAGUCAUCAGAUGACAUCUAAAGAAAAGAAAGCUUUAUUUACACAAACUGGAAUCUUAUUUUACGAUAUCAAAAGGAAAGUGACCAACCUGGUUGAGCUGGAAGAGCAACUACGAGUUUUGUUGGGUAAGAAGGGUGAAGAGUUAUCGAGCUAUCUGUCAACAACAGAGGCAAGAACGAACAAGAUAAAUCAAGAAAACAUGAACAACUACAACAUUUUCACAAAAACAACAAAAAUGUAUGAUGAUGUUUUAAGGCACCUUCACUCUGUGAGCUCCUCAUUAACAGAAAUAGAUACUCAGAUUAAUGAAGAUAUUCGUCAUGAUAAGGUACUUAUCUUAAAAGAUGUUGUUGAAGGGGUGAAUACAUCUAUGCCAGCAUGUUACGAUUGUACUUUUUUAAGUAUAAGUUUGAAUAAAGAAGAGUUACGGAAUAUUAAGAAUAAACAAAAACAGAAUGAAGAAUGUUGUGCCGAACUAUUAGUUAAAAUCCAUAAGGUGAUUGAAGAGAUGUGUGAAAAAGAAAGUCUUGAUGAAAGGUAUGGCAGAAUUUACACUGGUUUGAUGAAGCAUAAUGUUGUUGUCAAUGAUCUAUAUGACCAAGUAAUUUCUGCACCAAAAUCACUGGAAGAUGCAAUCAUUGAAAAUGAUGGUUUUUCCACCAUGUUGGAAAAACAUGAAAAUAUAUUGAAAUUGUUAUGUGAUGACUUUCAUCAUUUUGAUGAAGAUUUAGAACCGAAACAGAAAUUCAAAAUCAGUGAAUUAAUCAGUACAGUUAAACAAUCUCAUGCAGAACUCAAAAAUGCUAUUGAUGCUAAAGCUGAAGUUUUGAAUCAUGUCCAAGAUGAGAAAUUUGAUUUGGAGAAGGUUAUAAACAGGACCAAUGAUAAUGUUGCAAAAUUGGAAUCUGAAAUGUCGAGUAUCCUAAUGUUUCAACAGGCGACUGCAAAGAGGGAACUUUUAAGUUCUCUGUCUGAAGAUAUUGGUAAUUGUUUGACGCAACUGAAUUCUUGUAAUAUUUCAAAUAUGGAGCAUCUUCCACAUCAUGACAAGACACAAUUGGAAACAAUGCUUGCCAAUUCGAACAAUCGUAUCAGAGAUGUAAUUGACUGCAUUGAAGAAGAAUGUAAACAUUGUGAACUUGCUGAUGACCAAAAAAAGAAGAUAUUAGAAGCUUGUGAAAAUAUAGACACAGAUAUUUCAACUUUAGCAACAACGUUUUAUAGACUUAAACACUUUGAAGGUGCUAGAUAUGAAGAGAUGUUAGAGGGUUUGAUCUGUGCUUUAAAUGAAACAUCUUCAAAAAUGCAAAACUUGGAACUUUUACAAUGUGAUAAACUUCUUGCGGAAGAUUUCAAAGAAAUCAGUGAAAGAAAGGAAAAAUGCAGCAAUGAAUAUAAACAACUAAAAGCUAUGAUAAAUGAUUUUAAUCAAUCUAACAAUCUUGUUGGUGACAGUCAUAAAUGUUCAGUAGAUCUUGAACAAAAUGCCCAAGAAAACAAUGGAUUUUUGUCAUACCAAAUAAAUGAAGACGUUUCUACUUUAGGGGAGGAACUUCUAGAAGAAUCACCAAAUGAUGAUGAUAACGGUGAUACUCAGAACUGUCUUCCUGUUAUUGAGAAUCUCAAAGCUGAUCAAUAUGGUAGCCAAGUGUUACACAAUGAUAAAGAUUUGGCAAAAAUAUCAACAGAUAUCAACACUGAUAAUGAAAUAUUAGAUGAAGCAUAUGAAAAUGUAGAUCAAAAAAAUGUCCUAGAACUUUUAGCUGUUGGGGAAGAUCGGCAAACAAAGGUAUUCAUUUCAACUGAAGAACCAGUAAUGUAUGAAGAACCAGAAAUUCUGGCAGAUAAAUGUGAAAGUUCAAAUUCAGAAAUGUUAACUAUUAAGGAAGUUGUACUGUUAAAGAAACCAUGUGUGAAAAGAUUUGGAAAAACAAUACUAACAAAUAGAAUCAUUUCACCUGUAAUAUGUGAACCUGUUGAAGCUACAUCUGUUAAGAUGAUGCCAUUAGGGAACGAUAUCAAUGUGAAUAUAAAGAAAUGUGACAAGCAACCUGUUGUUGAAGAUAUGAACAUCGAGAUAAUCUUUGAAGAUGAUCUUCAAAGUCCAGAAAUUGUUGAUUUAAAUGUACAACCCACUGAAGAUGUUUACGAAUCAUUACCUUCCGAAAUUAAAACUACUGAUUCUGAUCAACAUAAUAGUGUUCUAAUUGAAGAACUUAAAAACAAACUUUGUGCAUGUGUUCAGGAGUAUGCUAACAUUGAAAAAGAUCUCACGCAUUUUGACGAGUUUCCAUUGGAUGAACAGUUGUGGCAAUUUAAAGAUAUCAAGAAAGAUAAACUGCAACUGGAUAACAUUGUUGCGUCCUGUCAAAACGAUCCUUUAUGUGAAAUGCCAACAGAAAAUUUAGUUGAAGCUCUAAAGUACAGUCAAAAGUUGGAUUCUCUUAUUCCUCAAACUGAAGAGUUUCUACAACAGAAAAUCAAAAGAAAGACCUCCUAUGUUGCUAAGUUGGAAAAUGCCUUUGAACUCAUUGCAUCUAUUGAAGAAAAAUACUUUCAACCUGGUGAUAUGGGACUAGAAGAACGAAUUGAAUCAGUAAAUGUUUUGUUGAAGCAGAUAAAUUCUGCUGAUGAUGAGGUUGCUAAAAUUCUCGAGGAAGGUGGUAUAUCUUUUUCUUUGCCAUUAAUUGAUCAGGACCAGCUAUCAAGACAAUUUACUAUGUUUCAUGAGAAGUAUGUAGACUUUACCAGUACUCUCAAAAGUCAAUUAGCCUUUUUAGAGAAUAAAAUGCAGUUAAAGAAAACAUAUGAAGUAGAUUGCAUAGCCCUACAAAAUCGCAUUGAUUUCUUAGUAAAAACAAGUAAAUCAGGUGAGGUACCACAUAAGCAACUUAUCCAGGUAACCAAAAGUUCUCUAGCUGAUUUAGAAAUAGCAGCUUCCUUGUUUUUAAGUGUAGAUCAAGAAAAAGAACGGGUUAAAAUAACUGAAGACAUUUCAAAUAUGUACAAAACUUUAGAAUGCGUCUGGCAGAAGCAUUAUGACAGAAAAGGUUACAACAUUUCACAAAACAGCCAGGAGAUUUCUGAAGAAACUUUAACAUUUUCCCAAGAAGCCAUGCUCUUAGACAUUGCAGAGGAGCCUAUUGAAACUUCAAGUCCAAUAAGAAAAUCACAUUCUGCAAGUUUGCUAAGUGAUGGACUUUUUAGCAAUGACUCUAAUACUGAAGAACCUCCAAUAAAAGAAGAUAAAAACGAGGAUGAAGAAACCGCUGAUGAAGAAGAUUUGAAAGAUUCAAUUCUUGAAAAGGAUCUAAUUGAACAAAUUCAGAAGAAUGUUAGUAGUAAUUUGAACAAGGGGGAAACGUUUGAAACACUAACGUUCUCUAAAAAAUUGAAGGAUAAAGCUGUUUCGGAUAUUGUGGAAAACUCAGCCAUUUAUGAAACAGUUGCUCAUGAUUAUCAAAAUAAAACGUUAGAAAAAGCUGUUCCCGAAGCCAAAGUAAAAGAAAGUAAUGAUACUGAAGCUAAAGUAGAAGAACUUAAUGUUUCAGGAGCUGAGUUAGUGAAACCAGAUGAAAUUGAAUCUCAUGUGGAGACAUGUGAUGUUACUACGGCUAAGGUGAAAGAAAUUGUUAUUUCUGAAUCUAAGGAAGAAAAAGUUGAUAAAGCAGGAGCUAAAAUGGAUGAAAAUAUUAAAGUUGAAGCUAAACUGAAAGAAACUGAUGUUGCUGAAUCUAAGGAAGAAAUUCCUGAUGCUACAAUAAACGAAUCCAUUGAUUCUAACUCUAAUAAGGAAAAAACUAUUGUUCCAAGAGAAAAUGUUGAAAACGCUAUUGUUUCUGAAGCUAAGAUAGAAUCUAAAACAGAAGUUGGUGCAGCUAAAGGUAAGGUAGACGAAGCUGGUGUUGCUAAGCAUAGCGUAGAAUACGUUGUUUUUACAUCUGAAGCAAAAGAAGCUGGUACCAUUAAUGGUACUGUGGAAGAAACUACUGUUGCAGAAUCUAAAGCAGAAUACCGUCACGAUAGUAGAGCUAAAGAAAAAGAAGCUGAAGUUGAUGAAGCAAAAGUAGAAGAAACUGUUUUCCCUGACGCUAAAAUAGAAAAAAACGUAGCUGCAAAAGCUGGUGCAGAUCCUGUUGUUGCAGAAGCUAAGUUGGAUGAAACUGACAUAGCUAAAGUUAAAGUUGAGAAACUUAAAAUGGAUUUAGCUCAUGUUCCUAAAGUUAUGGUGGAAGAAGUUCUUGUUUCGAAGUCUAAUGUGCCUGAAGUUAAGGUAGAAAGUUCCGCCAUUUCUGAAUCUAAAGAUUUAGAAAUUCAUAUUGCUGAAGCUAAAGUACAAGAAGCUGAUUUUGCUGAAUCUAAAUUUGAAGAAAUUGUUGUUGCUAGAGGUAAGGUAGAAGAAGCUGUUAAAGUUAGACAUCAUGGAAAUGAGCCUGUAGAGGGGGAAGCCAAAGAGGAAACAGCCCGUGUUGAUCAGGUUAUAAUAGAACAAGAUGAUGGUAAAGUUGACAUAGAAAAAGUUAAUCUUGAUGAAGCUGAGUUACAAGAUGCUUAUGUUGCUGAGCCUGAAGCAGAAGAGGAUGACAAUGUUAAAGCCAACGUGAGAAAAGCUGGUGAUGUUAAAGCUAAAACAGAAGCUGAUGUUGCAUACAGUAAAGCAGGAAUGGCAGAUGAAGCUGGAUCUGAUAUAGUUGGAACUGUCAUUCCUAAAACUAAGAUAGAAAAAGCUAUUGUCUUUAAAGUUAGUGCAACAGAAGUUGGUGAACCUGAGGCUAAAGUGGAAGAAAAUGUUGCACAGGAAACUAAUGCAGGUAAUUUAAAAGAAAUUGUUAAUUCUAAAUCUAAAACAAAAGAAGUUAGUUCGUCUCAUGGUAGGGUUGAAGAGGCUGAUGUUGCAGAAACCAAAGGAGAAUUGCCUUAUUGCAACGAAGUUACUGAAUCAAAAGUAGAAGAAUCAGUUAUUCUAGAAGCUAAAAUAGAAAAAGAUAGUGCUGGAAAUGUGGAAGUACCUAGUGUUGCGGAACUUAUGAUGGAUGGAGCUAAGAUGAAUAGAGCUAAAGCUGUGGCUCAAGAAAGUGUUUCUGAAGCUAAUAUUUCUGAAGCAAUGGUUGAAGAAACCGCUGUUCCUAUAUGUCAAGAUGUGGAUACCAAUAUUGCUGAGGUGCAAGAAUUUGAUGUUGCUGAAUCUAAAGUGGAAGAAAUUGUUGUUCCUGCAGCUAAAAAAGAUGGAGCUGGUACUACUGAAGUUGCAGCGACAGAGCUUGUUGUUGCAGAAACUGAAGAAAAAGAACCUUAUGAUAGGGAGGUUAAAGAAAAAGAAGCUGAAUCGAAAGUAGAAGUACUAAAACAAGUUACUAAAUCAAAAGUCGAGGAAAAUGUUGCUCCUGAAGCUAAAGUUGUUGCUGCAGAUGUUAAUUUAGAAGAACUUGUUGUUCUGGAAUCUAUGGUAGAUAAAGCUAAAGUAAAAGAAGGCGAAGAGGCUGAUGUUGAGGUGGAGCUAGAUGUUCCGAAAGCUAAGAUCAAGGGUAUUGUUGAUUCUGAAGCUAAUGUAUUUAAAGAUAAUGUAGAAUUAAUCACCGUUGCUAAGGCUAAGAAUGAUCACAGCAUUAAAAAGAAUGUUAUAGAGGAAACUAAAACACCAGAUAAUGGAUGUGAUGAAAUUGAUAAAACAGAAACAUCGAAUGAGUACACUAACACAGUUGAAGACACCAGAGAUACUAUAAUAAGUUUAUUGGAAGGUGCUGUAUCAACCCUUAACGAGUUCGAAAAAUUAGAAGAUAGCUGGAAGGAAUAUGACAGUAUUGACAGUAUUAUGGAUGCUCUUGCAAAACUUGAAGUGAACAGAGCACAUAAAGAUUUAAUGACAUGUGAAUUACUUGUGCUUUCUCUUCAAGACCAGUUAUCUGUUGAAGAAAGACACGAGUUACGCGAUGAAAUUUAUUCACUACAGAACUGCUUAAAUGAUGCUGGUGAGGACAUCAACAGGCGUAGUUUUGAUUUUCAGAAGCUGAAGAUUCUUUUGGCAGAUUAUGAAGAGGAAUUAAGCAAGUUAGCACAACAGUUGACUUUAUUUAGGGAAAGUAACGUGGCACAAACCAUGAAAGCGUCCUUAUACGAUAUAAAAAGGCAGUUAAAUUGUGAUAAAAGUAAAUUGAAUUUAUAUGGACAGGAUUUAGCUAGAUUAAAAAGUAAUAGGGAUGCAAUUGGUGAAGAUCUUCCAACAUGUCUUAAUGAGGAGUUUAAAGAAAUGGAAAUCGAACUUAAUGAAGAACUAAACGGGGUUAUUGGUCAGCUAGAAAAGGAAGAAAUAUACGUAGAUUCGCUAAAUAAGAGCAAGAAAUCAAUUUCUCAUCUCAUUGCAAAGUUCACAGCUUCCAUUGAAAAUAUACAAGACCGGUUGCAAGAAGUCAAACCAGAAAAUAAGAUAAAUGUUGAAGAUGAAGUGAAGAAGUUAAUGCAAGAAUAUCACAAGUUGGCAGAAGCUUGGAAAAUUAAAAAGCCUGAGAUAAAAACUGCAGCAAUGACGCUUCCUCAAGAGGAUGUUAUUGAGUUAAAGGAAUCUAAAGAUCAAUUUGAGUUAUUACUAAAAAAUAUUGUAGAAGACUUUAAAGAAUAUUCAACACAUCACAAUUUCUCUGGUGAAAUUAAUCAAAAAUUAGACAACUGGUUUGAAGAAUUUAACAAUAUUAAACAUCGAGCAACAGAAAGUGAAAUGAAGAAAUUGGUUGAUCAGAUUUCAUGCAAUGAAGACUUGCUUGUUAAAAUUGAACAAGCAGUUAUUGCAUUAGGUAACAUCUUUAGGAAACUGGGAUCUAUUGAAGAACUUUCCAGUGCAGGUAGUGAGGAUUUUAAAGAUGCAAAGAAAGAAAAAUUACGCAUAGAAGCAUUUCAAGAAAAUGUUAAAGAGUUGUGGAUUUAUCUAAGGGAGAGAAUGAAUCAUUUGAAAGAGUUAAAAAAUCUUUUAGAUAAUUCAAAAUCUUUGUUAUUGCAAUUGGAUGGAAAGGUUGAUGCCUUGUCAGAAAGCUGUCAAGGUUUGCAAAGUAAUGUGGACUUUGAUUCUGAGAUAUCCACAUUGUCAGAUGAAUAUGCCAUUUUAAUUACUAAUUACGGUGGUAUAAAGCAUGAACUACCUGCCCAGGAUUGUGAAGAAAUGGAAAAAUUGCUGGAAGUUACUGCAUCAAAGAUAAACACAAUGAAAACAGAGGAUCCAAUACAAACGGAUGAUAGCUUCACCUUAAAACUUAAAGGGGUUGAAACAUACUUGGAAAACGCCAUACCUCCCACACUGAAAGAUGGUGAAUCAAUUGAAAUUACGAAAUGUGGAUUGCAGCAGCAAAACAUUGAUCUACAACAUCUUAGCGAUGAAGUAACUUAUUUCAUAGAUGAAAAUGACAAUACUAUUGAUCAAUAUGCACAAGAUAUCAUAAAUAAGCUACAUGUUACUCAAGCUGUUGUAAAAACAUCUUUAAAAGACCUUGAAAUAUUACAAAGCAGCUUUUUGUUUGUAAAAAAUGAUAUAGAAGACCUACAGUUCAAUGUGAGCAAAAUUUUACAAUCAAAGGGUGAGAUUAAUUCUAUGCAAGAAGCUGAAAACUACCUUGCUACAUGCAGAGAGAAUAUUAAACAAUUUAAAAAGAAAUUUGAUACUAAAAAAAUACAGGUAGCAGAUCUUGUAAAUAGGCUGCCUACAACAGACUCACAUACAUUAAAUGCAGUGGCAAAUACUUGUGCAGAUACUCUGGAGAACUGCGAAAAAAUUUUGAAUAAUGAGGAAAAUAAGUAUGAUUUGUUAUCAAAAGAGUUGAGUAUGUUUCAUACAAAUCAAAAUUACAUUAAAAGUUGGUUGCGCAUUUGCCAAAAGGCAGUAGUUAGUAAAAAUCAAAACGUACCUUUAAUAGAAAAUUGGUUGGAUGAAAGUAACGCAUUGGAAAGUGAUUUUAUUGAACAAAAAGUCUAUAUUGGACAAUUAAAAAGUUUGUAUAGCAAAAUGGAAUCUAGCUUACCAUAUGAAGAGAAAACUAACGCAAAUGAGAUUUGCAUGCAGCUAGAUGAAAAUUAUACUGACAUACUUCAUAUGUUUAAGACCGUCAAAGAAGAAUUGUUAAAAAGACUUGCUUUAAGAGAUGAAUAUAUCUCAAUGCUAGAAAUUUCCUUCAGAUGUGUUGAUGAACUGCAGAAGGAAGUGAGCAGCAAUUUUGAUCCAAUUGAUAAACAUUUUGAUACCUUUCUUAAAUUAGAAUUGGAUUUCGAGAAACUUACAGAAAGUUUAGAGGAGUUACACAGUGGUAUUCCACCUGUUGAAUGGAGCACUUACUCAGUAAAAAUGCAAGAAAAAAUACGUGUUUUGCAAGACAUAAAGGAAACUUUAAAACAAAACUCUUUAAGUAUAGAAAGCCAAAAUAAGAAGAAACAGAAUAUAGACCUCUCACUUGCUGCCACGUUAAGUCAACUCAAAGAAAGAAUGAAAUUUAUAGAGGACAUACUGAAUGGCACAGAAAUUCCUGAUAGUCUAUCACCUCUUCUCAUUGAGUUAAAUCAUGAGAUUGUUCAGUGGGAUGUGAAUUUACUGAAGAUCAAGAAUGAUGUUGCCAAACCAGACCAGCUUUCUCUAGCAAGGGAAUGUGAAGAUCUGAUAAAACAACAGAAAUGUGCAAUUGAUGAAAUAGCAACAAAAGUUAAGAGAGCUGAAAACUUUGAUAUGGACAUAAAAAAUUUAAAGAAUGUUUACAAUGUAUUGGCUGAUUCGAUGAACAGUAAUGAUGUUAUAUGUGAUACUCAAAGAAAAUUAAGAAAGCUGUUGCACCAGAUUGAGAUUGUUGAAUCAAAUGCUGAUGCUGCCGCUAUGUUUAAAAGAGAUAAAGAUAGAAUGUUGAACAUUUUACUGGACUUAAGUGAAAGUGCAAAGAUGCUUGAUACGAGCUUACAAAACAUGAUGCAAGCUAAUAAAAGUUCUACGCUGAAUGAAAUUGUAAUAAUUGAAGAUCAACUUUCCUUAAUAGAGGCUGAAAUAAGUGAACUAUUCACCCAUUUAGAAAAAGACAUAAAUAUUUGUGAAAACAUUAAUGGAGAAUUAAAUUUAAUUGAAGAAGCUGCAAAGGACUUCAAAGAAAUUAAAAAUAGAGCAAUUGAAGUGAUUAAUAAUUCAUAUAAAAUACUCGCUGUUAACGAUUCAGAUGAACAUAAUGUGUAUGAUAGCCUUGAGGUGAAUGUAACAUCUGUUCAAGAACGAAUAACUGAAUGUGAAGUACAUUUGCUGAAAAUGUUAGAUGAAAAAAUGAAAACCUCGCAGCACAUAGAUGAAAUUACAAUGGAUAUAGAAGAAAUGUACAUUAACCUGCAUGAAAUCGAGGAGAAGUUUGUAGAUUGUUUCAGUGCUCAAUCUCUACAUGAUAUUUUACAAAACGUUACCAACAUUUUUGCAGAAAUUAAAAAACUAUCUGAAAGAACACAAUGUGUUUUGAAUGAAAUGAAGAUGUUGAAAGAAAACUUAACAGAGCACCAACAAAAAUCUAUAGAACAUGACUUAGCUUUGUUGCCUGUCAAAGUAGAAGAAUAUCUAAAUAAUUAUGGCUUGAAGAAAGAAACGUUGAGUUCCUUGGAAGAUUCCAUUAAAAGUUUCAACGAAAGAGAUAUCAGCGACGUUUCUUUAGAAAUUAAGCAACUAGAAACGAAUCUUCCAUUAACGCCAUAUGAUAUUGCAGAGUUAAAGUUUGUUAAAAAACAGUUAAGUCAUAACUUGGGUUUAAUUGGGAAAUACACACGCACUUUGAGCAGCCUUUUGGAUGUAUUCAAUCCUAUCGAAAAAGACAAAUUAUUAGCUGUUACAGAUAUGAAAAAUUUAUACCAACAGAUUAACGAAUCGCAACGUUACAUAGAAAACUUAAUAGGAACAUUAGAUUCUUAUGAGGAAGAAUUGAGUAAAAAUGAGGAUCCUGUUAUACAACUGGAGAAGGAGCUACAUGAAGCGUGUGAACUUUUAAAGAGAAAGCAAGAUGAAUCAUUAGUAGAAAGUAAUAAUAAUGUAAUAUGUGAGGCAGUUGUCGAUUUUCAACAGCAUAACCCUGUUUCAACUGAACCCAGACUUGAAGAUCUAUCAGUAGCUAAAAACGCAAUCAACACAAAUAAAGAUAAAGAAACAUGUGUAGAACUUGAAGAAGAAAUAAAAGAUGUUCCUAAUAAAACUGAUGGUAAAAUACAUGAAAAGCCAUAUGAUGUCAUUAAUCUGAGCAACCUACUUAAUCAACCAGUUAAAAUUACUGACAUUUCUCCAGUUAUUGAAGAAGUUAAGAAACAAUAUAAUUCUCCACUUCAACAUCCAAGAAGUCAGCUACAUGGAGACCUUGCUGACCAAAUGGAAAUAGCGACUACUGAUGGAGAUUCAUUGCCAUCCAAUAGCAUUUCUAGCCCAAAUGAAAGUACGAAGACCACAGAUUAUCCACAUAAUUCCUUUGCAGAUGAAAUUUCUGUAAAUAGCCAAUUUUCUUUUGGCGAGCCUCUUGAAGAGGUGCCUUCAGAGGAAGUACCACCUGAUCAAGUUGUUAGUUUCAGUUUAAAAUGGUUUAAAGAUGAGGAAGGGAUGGCAAAUGAAAACACGUCUUUCUUACAAUAUGAACAUAUAAAUGAUAGCACAAUUAAAUCUAAUGAUAAUCCUCUUUACUUGCAUUCUAUUACACCAGACCUUAUUAGACGCCAGUCAUAUUCACCUCUCGAGCUAGUAGAGGAGGGGGAGAAGACUACUCAGAAAAAGACAGAAACUUCUAAUGCCAAAUGUGUUAUUGAUCUUGAUUACACAGAUUCUUUUGAAGAUAGUUUAUCAUCUAGUAAAAGUUCUGUAAGCUUUUAUGAAAAUGAACAGUCGUGGCAGCCGGUCAAUGUUUCUGACAUUAACGAGGUAAAUAAUGAGAUGCCAGAUCCCUUAAGUAAAGAGUACAUUGAUUCAUGCCAAGGUGAAAAAGAUGAAGUUGUAGCAGGAUCUGAAAUAUUGAAAGAUGCCAUUAGCGUUCAUGCAGGAGAAAAACAUAGCAGUACCAUCUUAUAUGAUCAAAAACAGUUUGUUGACCUUGACUACACGGAUUCAUUUGAGACUAGUUCUCCAUCCACUGCAAGAUCAAUGAGUUUUGACGAAUUGGACGAACCAUUUACUCUUUCAGUUACUCUAGAACAUGAACAGGACUCGACCAGUGCUGCUUUGGAGCAGUUAAAACUGCUUGGGGAUAUUAUACAGACUACAUCAGAACCUAAUACAUUUGAAACAACACAGGUAUCUCAAGGUAAAGAAUUACAUUCAACUCAACCUAACGAAUUUGAAAGAAGUGAUUUAUCUAAUACGGCUUCGUUAAAAGGAUUGUAUAGGCCAGUAAUAAUGUUAGAAGAUCUUUUUUGUGUACCUCUCAUUGAAGAAAAAAUACCUGGCAGUAAAACAGAAACUUGCCAGAAGAGAAACAGUGGAUUUAAUUCAAUAUUAAAUGAAGUUACAUCCCCGGAAAUGACGGUCGCAGGUAGUAAUCAUUCAAACUCACUCAAUUUGGAAAAAAAUUCUAGCGAAAUAUAUUUUGGACACGAUGUUGUUGAUGAAGUGUUGUUGGAAUAUAAAAUUCUAGAAAAGGACGUUAAACUAAUUGACUUAGAUACGCUUGAAAGUAAUCCUAUUACGGAUGAGGAAAUUGGGAAGAAUAUAAAGCCUAUGGAAGAUGAUAAUAAUGAUGAUGCUAAUUCAUUUAAAGACAGGAAGAUGAGCUCUAACGAAGAAGAAGAAGAAGAAAAAGAAGAAGAAGAAGCGUCUACUUUGUUUUUGUCAUCUGACAAAACUAUUUUGCAUAUUUUGGAAAAUGAAGCACAGCAAAUAAGAUUACCAGAAACUGAUUUGGCGUUGAUUGAUCUUGAACUUUUUGAUGUUGCAGGUAAAAGGGAUCCUGUUCCAGCCACUAAUUAUAAAGAGAAGAACGUUCAGUUGGAAAAUGCUGAUGUAAAUCUAACAAAGUUUGAUAUAAAAGGAAAACUGAAGUUUGAUGAAGGAAAUAUGGAACAUUUAAGUAACGAACUGAUUGUUGAAGAGUUAAGCGUUGACGUUCAUCUUGAUGAUGAAUGUGGAAAACAAAAAGAUGAUUCUGGAACUGACUUUACCAAAACACAAGAGCUGGAGUUUAAAGGUGCAAUCAGUUCAGAGUCAAUAACACAAAUACCAAGCAAGAUAUCCAUUAGAGAAGAGGAGGACUCAAGUGAUAGCCUUAACAUUAGUACUGCUUCAGAUAUUCAGUAUGAAUUAGAUAAAUCCGACGCAGAAGAAAAAUUGCAAGAGAUUGAAAACCUUAUGGGCACUUUCUUUGAAAAGAUUGAUGCAAUGAAAGUUCAGGUGGAUACCCCCUCCGAAGAGAAGAUACUAGAACCAUAUGUCAGCAGCAGUAACCAAGACAAUCAAGUUGUUGACACUGCAGUCACAAAAAAGAAAGAUUCUGAAUACAUUGAACUGAUGAAGCUGAAGGAAGAAUUUAGACAGGCUAAAAUUUCCCUUGAUAGUUUACAUUUUAAGAAUGAAGAACUGAUCAAAGAUGAAACAGAGCUGAAGCAGUCUAUAGAACAAGGGAGUAUUGCUUUGGAUAGCAUUCGUGAAGCAAUGACGUUGACAGAACAAAACAGAUGUGCUAGUAUUGGACAGUUGGAAGAUAACAUCACAAACCUUAAGACAAAGCACGAAAAGCUUUUAAAACUACAAUCAUCUCUUCAUCAACACCCGUCAAUGUGUUUUGACCAAUAUUCUCAAAUAAUUGAAGAUCUCAACAACGAUAUAACAGCAAUCUUGCAACAAGCAAAUACACACGAAUUCUACUCAGUAAACAAACAGCACGAGUCUUAUGGUAAAAUAAAUGAAAUAACAACAACGUUGGAGGAGAUGAAACAGAAAGUUAACAGUAAAGAUAUGAAGAAUUGCUCAUCUGUGAAUAUUCAAAGUGAUUUGAUUAAUUUCAAGCAAGAUCUGGUUGCUUUGCAGGAUAUGAAAGAUAAAUUACGAUUUGUAAAAGCUGAAUCAAUGGAUAUCUUAUCUGGUGAUGCUGACGGCAAGUUCAGGCAGGAAGUGCGUGAAGUUGAAGAUGAUGUGGAAAAUAUGAUACGCACAGUGCAAGAACAUGUCGCUGCAUUAGCUACAAAAAAAGAUAUAGGAGAUGCGGAAUCCCAACAAGAAUUAUCUAAUGUUAACACAUCUGAUAAGAAUAGCGAAAUAGAUGAAUCCUCGUUUCAACCAGCCAGUAUUGAAAGUUCUCGCAACGUCAAUGCAAAUGAUUCUUCAUUGUUUGAUCCUGAUUUUAACUGCGGAAAAGUGUUAGAAUUUGAGCCGGUACUGCAUUCUGGGGACCAGGUUGUUCAACAAAAUGAACAGGAAUCAUUGAAAGUAAAAACUGAACAAACAAGUAAUGAAGAUGAAAAAGAUCAUGAAAAAGUUUUUCCUAUAGAAAUAGUUAAAGAAGAACCAAUUGUUGCAUCUUCUCAAACGUCUUCCAAACACAUAGAACAGAAUUUUCAUGCAACCAUAGAGGAAAUGGAUCAUAUUUAUCAAUCAGUUUGUGUUAUUGAUAGUAGCGUUAUCGGUGAUGAAGAUAUAAAUGCUAAAUUACAACAGCUUAAAAAUCUAGAAUCACAAUUAUUAUUCAUGCAUCAAACUCUGCAUGACAAGAAAACCAAGUUUCACAACAACUAUAAUAAACAACUUCAAAAGGUGAAGAGCGUACUGAAUGAGAAAAAGCAAAGACUUUUGCAAGCUCAGAAUGAGUUUCAUACGUUUGUUCAAGUAAAAGCGCAUUUCAAUGAGCUGAUUGAAGAUUUUGUUGACGUUGUAAAGAAUAAGGACAAGUUGAAGGAGCUGAUUGAGGUGAAAGACAGAAUAAUAACAGCCAUUGAAACCAUUGAUACGCAACAAGCAAUAUUAAUGGAGCACUUGCAACAGGACGGACAUCAGGCUAUACUCGACCAACUAGAUAAAGUACAGGACACUUAUCUAGACGUUUUUGAUCGUUUUUCAGAAAGAAUCACAGAGACUGUAGCAAGCUGUUUGACUGGCACAACCCUUGCAGAAAUAACUUACAAAGAGUUGCAGAAAGCUUUUAAAGUUUAUCAAAAUCUUAAAACCGUUGAGGAGAAAGAUUUAGAUUCUAUAAAGGAAUUAAAAGAUGUGAUUGAACAGUACACUUUGGAUGCAGAGAAAAGUUAUACGACAGCAGAAGCUUUAAGUGAUUAUGUUAGCAAUGAUGAAGUUACUUCAAAAGCUUGUCAUGUGUGGAGUUUGUAUAAAAAGUUGAAGAGAGAUUUAGAAAAUGUGGAGGAGAAUUUGUUACUGACUAAAGAAGCGUUUAUCAAGGCCGUGCAGAAACUUGAUAGUGAUGUACAAGAAUUGUAUAAUCUAGAAUCUAUUGGGAAGCUAACUUCUGGUGAUAUUGAGCAAAGACAACAACGCUUGGACCAUCUUGUUGGAGUUAGUUCCUACCACACAUUACCUGAUCAUGUACAGAAAACAAUUUUUGUCAACAGACUUAAUCUAGAUAAUUUUGCUAUGAAAGUUUUUAAACGUAACUUUAUUCCAGAAAGUAUAGAGAAAAACAACGUUGACGAUGAAGAAAUAACAGAGAGCCCGUUGUUAUCUGAAUCCGAGGAUGUCCUCUUUCCGUCUACACAUGUGCAGCAGACCACCUUGUCUGUGUUGCGUCCAUUAGCACUAGAUGCUAUCGAGAAGGUUUUGAAGUUUUCACCUACAACGACAAUACCUUCAGAACAGAGAAUCAAUAUUGAUGAAAGUAACGAGCAGAAAGAACUUGUGGCUGAAGAUAAUAUCAGGGAAUUUAAACUGAAACCAGUUGAAUGUGACCUUGCAAUAAUAGAUUUAGAAGAGUUUACUUUAGAUGAAUCAGAAGCAUCAACUUCUUUAAAACCAGAUGGAAAGGAGAGUUUCCCCAUUGAAGUAAAUCAAACCUCUGCUGUUUUGGCACCUGUAGAACACGCUAUUAUAGAGUCUAAAGUAGAAAUUAAAAAGCCUACGCCUUUACUUAAAGCCUUAAGUUUGUCUAGGGAGUUGUUAAACACAGAAAAUAACGAAUCAGAAGGUCGUGUGUCAUCUGUCGCAUCUAUCAUUUCGGAAUCAAGUGGAGUGUAUUCGGCAGAUGCAGAAGAUAAGAGCUAUCAUAAAUUAAAUCUUCGGGGUGAUAUUCACCAAGGAAAUGUUAUUCCAUUUGAACGGGAUGACGAGGAGCAGUCAAACAGCACCCUUGUUGACGAUAUUCACAAUCAAGGUGUGAAAAACAGUGACAGUGAUGCUACAGCGCAGUUUCCAACCAAUGAUAACACCAGACCUGAAGCACAAAACCCAUACAAUUCACCCAACCUUAGUCGUAGACAGUUCGUCGAAAACUGGGCUGCUUCAAUCCAUAAUAAUACACACACUGGCCACUUAGAUAUAGAUGAUGACUGUGUUUCACACCUGGCCGCUAAGACAAUAGUGGAAGCACAUGGUGAAAAUCAGCAAAAACAGCUUUAUGUCAACCAGAUUAAGCCCAGCGUUCCAAUAGACAAAAAUAUUCCAAAACAAGAACAAGUCAUGGCAGCAUCUGAUAAUGAGAUUUCGAAGUGGAUGUCUGCAAUCGUCAGUGGCGAUGAAAGGUAUGUUGUGAAUACUCCUGAUGACGAAGAAAUUAUUUUACCACUUUCCAGAUCUGGUGAUGUUAUUUUGAUAUCUAACUUGUCUGCAUCUAAAGUGGACGUAACAGAUGGUGAUACUUCUAAUGAACAGAAAGACGACGAUGUUAUUGCGUCUGAUUGGGCUUCGGUUGAUAUUAAAGAUGUGUCCCGAGCACGCGUAUUGAAUGUGGAGCUGAUACCAGCUGAAUUGAUUGAUUCCACUUUCUCAGAUGACGUCCUAGCAAAUGAUCCGUUGCACAAUUUCGCAGAAAAGAUACCUUUAAAAAUAGAGCAGGUUGACGGAGAUUCGACUGUGCAACGUCUUGCCCUUGAAACUUUGAAAGUAACGAUAUCACCUAUUGUAUUUGACAAUCCCGAUUACAGUAAUAAAUCAAGAGUAACUGAGUGUGAGUACAUUGAAACAAGACUGUCUACAUCUUCUCUUGAACUUGAUAUAUCACUAUCUAACCUUGAAGAAUUAAACAGUGACGAAACAGUCGCCUUAACCGAUCAAGCUUCUGUUGAAGAGGUAAAAAUAAAUUCUAAGCUUCCAACAGAAAUAGACAAGGAGCAGUAUCCAACUCAGGUUAAUUUAAAUAAAACUGAAGUUCGACAACCUACCGAUCUAAAUGAGAUGACGCAGGAUAAUAACAAGAGCGUAGAAAAACAAGAGAAUGCCUUCCAACAACAUGAAGCAGAAACACUACAACAAAACUUUGAUACUUCUUCAAAUUCAUUUGAUAUAAGUGUGGCAAAAAGAGAUCUACUUGAUGGUGACUAUCCAAAACUUCUAAAUGCUGAGAGCGACUGCCUGUUAAAAACUACAAAAGACUAUGUGACAGAAACCGUGUCAUCGCCAGGAUAUAAGCUGGUUGAUAAUUUCCCUUUAUUACGCACUCCGGAAUCCUCGAUGGAAAAUAGUGUAUCUGGAUCCGAAAGACCUAGUUUAUUUUCUGAAUUAACUGUAGCAGAAGAUCAAAGAGUCAAGGAUAUUGCAUUUAAAGAAACAGCAGACAAGUUGUAUGCUGCACUCCUGCCAAACCAAUCUUCGUCGCAUAAAGUCUGUGAAGAAGGACUUAUUAAUUCUUCUUCUAUGAAUACCUCUGAAUUGAAUUUUGAAAGUAAUGCUUUAGCAAGUUAUGCUGUACUGCCUCGUUCAUCGACACCUGUUGUUGCGAAACGGGUUGAAAAUCCAGAAAAGGUAACGUUUUCUCACGAUUUAACAAAAAUUGAUUUUUCAUCACAAAAAGAGCCUAAUGAGGAGCCAAAGAAGAAGAACGAUGCUUCAACGGUGGAGAUUGAUCAAUGUUUGCUUCAGAGAGACUCGACAACAUCAUACAGCGACUACGUUCUCGUUAAACCAGAUUUAUCUCAAGAACCUUCAGCACAACAACAGCAGCAUGUUGAUGACAGUACGUUGACAUCUGUGACAAAAACACAGCAGGGAUUGAUAAAUGCUUUAGAAGUCGAUAUUGAUUCUACAGGAAAUGACAUGAGAAGUCCUAUGUCUGGGAAACUGGACGAAACAUUGUCUACGCAAGCAUCUCCAAGUGAGAGUUAUCACCAUUCUAUGAAUAUAGGAUUGGAGCAGUUUAUGGAUAAAAUUCAAGGUUGUAUGGAGUCCAUGGUAGAAAUCACUGAAUUGGUUAGACAAGACAAUCAGAAGGAAACCGUUCACGAUACAAAGCUUUUUGACAAGAUGGGCCUUCUCUCCCAACUUGGCUCACAACAAUCGCAAAUCGACUCCCUUAAUAUGCUGGGUCAGCAAAUACAAGAGGAUGCAAACGAUGAGAUCACAUCGAAAGUUCAAGAAAAACUUCGUAUUAUGAACACCAACUGGGACUAUCUUCAACAAAAAGCACUUGGUGAAACCACACCAGCUUGGGAUUCUUCUCUUAUCAUUGAUAUGAACGAACGAACAAUCUCACCUGUUUUUUCACCAGUAAGACCACGCAGUCCAGACAGUGACGAGGAACAGAUGACGUUGAGAAACUCUCAGCAACAAUCCCAUCUUAAGUAUCAGAUAUUGUUUUCAGACUUGUUUGAUUGGCUGUCGUCAUGUGAUACCAGUUUGUCACGACCAAUCCCGUCUUGCAUUAGUUUGGAUAUCAUCAAAACAAGAUUGUUUGCUACAGAGGAUAUCGCUGUCGAAGUAUGUUUACAUCUCACUCAACUAAAGUCUCUAGAAGACGCGUGGUCAAACCUGGCUGAUGUUAAUUCCUCUCUCAUAGAACAGCAGGACGGUAUCAUGCUUCUAUGGAAGUAUAUAACUGACAAGGUGGUUCAUGUUAGUAAAAAAUGGUGCAAAGUAGCGAAGGUGUUUGCUGAGAUGCCGGAGAACGACGGUGUUGCAACACAUGAGAUAUCAGCGUGGCUGGAAAGUCUAAAGAAAGAAAUUGUUAAAGCUUCGCAACUGGUAUCGCUGGUUGAAAGGCGAAAUGAGCAGAGCGAACAAGCUGUAAUAGCCCAUCUUCGGGGAUUGUGUAUAAAUUACAAAACGGUGAAACUUCUCUCGUUACUCACUGUUGAUGAAGACAGGAAUGACAUAGAAGAAGUAUGGCGGGCGUUGUAUGAUCUUCAAAGAGAAGCCGCUACUAAAUUUGAUUCACUGACAGAAGAAAGCUUUUCUAGCUCGGAUAGUAGUGAUGAUAAUGAAGACGAAAUGAAUACUUCACCUGUCACUCCGCGCAUAUUAAAGAAAGUGAAACCAACCAAAGUAGCCUACAAAUUACCUUUGAAUAAACAAAGCUUUUUCCGUGAAGAACUUCAAAAAUUUUGUACGUAUGUCAAUGAGGAGGAAAAUGAUUUUAACGAGCGAUCAGCAGGUGGAAUACCAACAUCAGGUGAUGUAGUAAACAAACAUCUUUCAAUUUUGCAGAGCGUUGGUCAAAAUAUCAAAGCUGGACAGCUGCCAAUCAAAUUUCUUUACCAGCGCCUAAACGUCCAAUCAAACGAUGUUAGCGAGGAAUUCAACACAGUGAUGGAGGCUAGCGAAACACUCUACAAUAACAUCAUGUCUCAACUACAGUCUCUAACACGUGUACACUUGCUUCUUGUUUCUUUGCAAAGCAGAAAGGUGCACAUACUUAGCUGGUUGGACAAAAUGAACAAUCGGAUUUUACCCUCCGUGAUGGAGAAAGAGGAAGACGAACUAGAAAAAAUACUCUUGAAGCAAAUGAAAUUAGCUGAUGCGGAGAAACGGUUCUCAGAUAAAACUAAGUACAGAAAUGACAUCUUAACUGAUGCGCGUAAACUGUUGCUCAUUGCUAGCAAUGCAGAUGUACAAGCUUUCGUGGAGCUUCUUGAAAACUCUUGGUUACAACUGCAGAAAAAGUUGAAAACAUCUCGAUGUCAUCUCGAGGAAAUUUCUUCAGUAUGGAAGGAAUUUAGAAUCGCUUCUGAAAAAUUAGAGCAAUGGUUGUCGAUGACUUUAAUAUCUAUCCAUGCUAACUUAGAACAUUGCAACAUCGAUUCAGUUAAAAUGGAACAGCAUUUUAUUGAAACUAUUGAGGAGCAGUUGUCACAGAAACACCAUCAAAAGGAGAGAUUAGAAGCCAUCAGGGAAACUAUUUUACAACUUGUCAAUAACAGUCCAUGUAAAAGUAUCGAACUGCAAAUGACCAACAUUAAGAAUUUAUGGCAAGAGCUAAAAAGUGCGGUUUAUGAUCGUAAGAAGCAUUUGAGCAAUUUAAACACGCAGGUUGAAUGGAGUAAUAUAUGUGAUAUGAUGAAUGUUAUUUCUGUGGUUGUGAGUGGUGGUGAAGUAUUGUUGGAAGAAUGUACAAACACAACAAUUUUUAAUGUUGAUGAGCUAGCUAAACAAAUCGAGUCUCUGCUAACAAUGUUAAACAAGCUGGGCAAGCACCAGUCAACUUUGCAAGUCUUACUACAACAUGCUGAUGAUGUCAAAUGGUACAAUAAUCAUGAAUUUCAACGUAGCUUAGCCAUGCUGUACAGCAGUUUUAGCUGGCUUGUGAAGAAUCUACCAGAGAGAGUACGUGUGUUGCAAGCAGUGGAAUUAAAAGUGAAGGAGAUGGAACUGAUGAUUGAAGACAGUGAAGAUCAACUCAAUGAAAUAGAUACUGCUUUGAGUAGAUGUGUGAAGUUGAACAGUUUGGAGGAUGUUGAGAGUUGUCAAAACAAAAUAAAGAUUUCAUCCAAUGCGUUGUCAAGUCUUGAUGAAGUGGUCAAAAAUAUCAAGCAGGGAACUGAAGCUUUAUCACUAGAUACCAUCACUUCAAACAUCAAUGUUAUCGAACAAUCAAAAUCUUUGCGAACUCACAUGGAUCGAACGAAGAAGAAUCUCUCCAGCUUGGAAAGUAGACUGCGAGGUUAUGAUGCGUACAGGGAUAUUGAGAAUGAAUUGGACUAUUUACAGGAUUAUGCGCUCACAUGUCAGGAGACUGUAAAUGAAUGUUUGGAUGUUUCUUUGACACGUGAAAACCUGGUACAUAUUAACAAUACCAUGAAAGCUUACCAAAAAGAAAUACCGUACAAGACCGAACAUCUGGAAAAGCUAUACGAGCUAAUCAAUACAUUGACAGGAGACGAGUGCUUGGUCUCUGUAGCUUUACCAUGGCUUGAAAUCACGCAUGAUUUAAGUAAAAAGUUUUCCAAACUAACGUUAACAGUAACGAAGAAACAAGAAGAAGUGGAAACACUUUCUACAUCAGUGGCGCAGUUUGACGAGGACUAUAACGAGUUAAAGGCCUGGUUACAUGGCAAAGAAAUGGAGUACAGUCAGUUAGCACUACAAGUUAAAGAUGCUUGUUCGGAGGAUUCUCUUAAUCUGAUCAACAAAUGCAAGAAACUGAGAGACGAUUUGCCUGUGUUCGUGACGUUUUCUGAUAGCAUGGCUUCACUUCUUUCGAGCAAGAGCAGAUUAUUAUUUUACAAGGACACCUUAGUAAGGGUGAAACUUGAAGAAUUAAAGGAGAGAUAUGAAUCAUUAAAAGAGCAAAUUAAUCAUCUCUACGAUAGGCUUAUUGCAUCAAAAGGCAAGAAAGCAAGUUAUAAAUCAUUGUUUGAAACCACAGAGAUGUGGUUAAAAAAGGUGGCAGAUGAAGAAGAAACAAGUCAGUUUACAUCAAUACAGGACAAGCGAGAUUACCUCAAGGAUACCUUAGAGAAAACUGAAAGUCUUCAAGUUCGCUUCAAUGAUAUAAUUUCCAACUCUAACGAAGCAGAAUUUACUAUGCUGAGUGGUUUGAUGAAUCAACUGGAAGUUUUAGUUUCAAUGUCACACCAAAAUAUAAGAGAAGUCGAUUUGUUGAUAAAGGAUGUCGAUAUUUUUAAUGAUUCUGCACUGGAUUUGAACAAUAAGAUUCGUGUAUCUUGCGAGAUUUUAAAAGAAGAGACAUAUGGAGAUGCAAACAAUGUUUUAAAGCAGGAUGAGGAAGAUCAAAUCAGAAAUGGACUUGACGAAUUGAAAUUGUUGUCCGAAAAGAUAAUUCGUGAUAAACACGUAACAAAUGAUGUUGCUACGCAAGUGGAAAGUAAUAUGUCAAAACUGGAAACAGGAUGGUCUCGAGUUAUGACCUUGUUUAAACAACAGCAAAACAUCAACAGAACUGACUUGGAUAAAUUUGAUAAGCUCUCGACAAAACUGGUUGACUGGAUUAAAGAUAUGGAAAGAAAACUAAAAAAUCUGGACGAAAAGAUCAAAUACUCUAGUGUGGAGACGCUAAAACGAUGCUUCACUCAAAUUAUGGUUUUCAAACACAUUAAUAAAGGGCAGACAUUCUUCUUCGGACAAGAUUCAGAAGGUUGUGAUUGACGUCGAAGUAUCUUGGACAGAAAUAGAAGUCAUGGCUGUAAAGAACUUGGAUCACUUAAAAAACAUUUUAUAUCGUUGGGCGGAUUAUACAGACGCCAUGAAGGAUAUGAUGUCGUGGCUACGAGAUGUUGAAGUGCAAGUAAAACAACC